AUGCCCUCAGUAAUUCCUAACGAUCUCGGUCUUGGCUCUCAUAUGAGUACACCGAGGUACAUAGAUGGACUACAGCAGCAUACCCCCAAGCCCAAACUAAAUGGGCGAACAUCGAGUCCAUUUCAUUUCGCAAAGCAACGACUUUUCAAAGUUGGUCAUCAGAAUGUAAGCAUUGAUGUCGACUUGUCAUCCAAUUCAAUAGAUGGUACCACGGAGCUUAGUGUAAUACCAUUGUCCACGAAGUUGAAGGUGAUCAAGUUGGAUUGUCGAGAACUAAAAGUGAAGGAAAUCUACAUCAAUGGGAUACCAAAUACAAAUUACAUUUAUGACGACAUGUUGUAUAUCAAUGACCCUGCCAUCACAUCUGACUCCAUUGAAGAUAAUAAAAUAAACAUGCUUGAUCUUUAUUCCGAUAAGUUUGAUAUUCAUCAGCAUCAUUUCAUCAAAAGGAAAUUGAACUACAUAUUCAGUGAACGAUACACAACUGAAGAUGAAGAAUUGAACGAAUCUGCAGUAUAUGGAACACAAGAGCUCAAGAUACUACUACCGGAAAACAUAAAAUUUGAACCUACAGACAUCAACUCCAUUACGACACCUCAUGGGAGCCAACCAAAUACCAUGACACCAACCCAUUUGAAAUCAAAACACACUAUCAACGAGGUUUACAAACCAAUCCAAAUAAAAAUUAAUUACGAGUUGAAACACCCAAAGAAUGGAAUAAACUUCAUCACAAACGACGAUAUAGAAAAGAAGCUAUGGCAUGCCUAUACGACCAAUUCGGAAUAUAGCGUAUCCACUUCUUCGUGGGUUCCUUGUCUUGAUAACUCCAAUAGUCGAUGUACAUGGUCCCUAGAAGUGAGUAUCCCGAGAACAUUAAAGGAUAUUGGCAAUCCAAGGAUUAUUGGCUCAAAAGAAGCUAUCGCAUAUCAAAAUCGAGCCAAGAGUAGUGCAGGUGAACCUGACAAUGAAGUGGCUGAAGAUGAGGAUGAUGAAAAUCCCGACUUGAUUGUGUGCUCUUCUGACACAAACAAUGCUAAAGAAACACCGCACCCUAUCGACUUGUCAAAGAAGGUAGUUUCCUGGUCAAUCUUUAAUUCAGUAUCUGCGCAUCAUAUCGGCUGGGCAUUGGGGUUUUUUGAAAGUAUUGUUUUAAAUGACGGAUCUCAGCCUAUUGAAGGUGAUGAUAUCAACAACAUGGACAUUGAUGACGAGUAUAAUGACAAGGAUAAUUCAAGCUCUCUGGUAACUAUAUAUGCGUUACCAAACGAUAUGGAAUCGGCUAAAAACACAUGCCUUGUUGCUAGUAAAGCAUUGAGCUUCUUCCUGAGUGAAUUUGGAUCGUAUCCAUUUAGCUCAUAUGUGAUUGUUUUUGCUAGGUUCUCGCCCGUGAAAAGUAACGGAUUUGCAGGGUUGUCAAUAUUGUCGACAGCGUUGCUCUAUCCACCUGAUUUGAUAGAGCCCAUGUUUACCUCAACGGAUAUUUUGUUAACUAGUAUAGCCACUCAGUGGUCUGGGAUUAAUAUUGCGCCUCGCACAUUUGACGACAUAUGGUGUACCCUGGGUAUAGCUGGUUUCAUGGCCAUAUCUUUUGUUCAAAAGCUAAUGGGAACUAAUGAAUUCAGAUUUAAAAUAAGGGACCGCAUGAACAAAAUUGUGGAACAAGAUGUCGACAAGAGGCCGAUCGCACAUCCAUUUUUAAAGUUCCCUGUGUCUGACUUAGACUUGGAGUUUAUCAAAUUGAAAUCUCCAAUUGUUUUCUUUAUAUUGGACAACAGGAUGACAAAGACAGAUAAAUCAUUUGGGUUAUCGAGAGUGAUUCCUAAGCUUUUCUUGCAAGCUCUAUCGGGGGAUUUACCCAAUGGAACGUUGGGUACUGACCAUUUUCAAUAUGUUUGUGAAAAAGUCAAUCGAAAUAAAUUGGAUAGCUUUUUCAAACAAUGGGUAUUUGGUUCUGGUGCGCCCAGUUUCAAAAUAAGUCAACGGUUCAAUAAAAAAAAGGGAAUGAUCGAGAUGAUCAUAAGACAAGUGCAACAUCAUGAAAACAAGACGGUUGCGCUAAAUGCGGAGUCUUUUAUGGAUGACGCGAUAUGUUUCAUCAACAGGGAGCCCAUGUCACAAAGGCAAAAUGUAUUCACUGGGCCUAUGAACAUCAGGGUCCAUGAGUCUGAUGGUACUCCAUAUGAGCACAUUAUUCACAUAAAGGAAAUGAAAACAACCAUAGAUAUCCUGUUGUCGAAAAAAGUGCGAAAGAUUAAAAAGAAGGACGAAGGAGUGGAUCCAGGAAUAAACUUCAAUCAAUUUGGAGAUAUCCUAACCAGUGAAGAGGAGAAGAGGAAAUGGAACUUACAAGACUGGGAAAGCAGAGAUGAGGACUCUUUGGCUAGUGAGCCCUUUGAAUGGAUAAGAGGUGAUAUUGAUUUUGAAUGGAUUGCCAAGAUUGAAGUAUUGCAGCCAGAUUUCAUGUAUGGGUCCCAACUUGUUUAUGACAGAGAUGUAGAAGCUCAGUUAGAUGCUGUGCGCUACUUUGGCAGCCUCGAAAAGCCAUCUGACAUUUAUUGCACAGCACUUGUCCGGACAUUUUUAGAUGAACGGUACUUUUACCGUAUACGAAUUGCAGCUGCGGAAGCCCUUGCAGCAUGUUCAAAUUCUUCAAAUGACUUUAUUGGAGUAAAGUAUUUAAUUAAAGCGUACAAAUACUUGUACUGUUUCCCCGAUAGUUCAAUACCGAAAUCAAACGAUUUCAGUGAUUUUAGGUCCUUUUUUAUUCAGAGGGAAAUUCCUAGUAUCUUGUGCAAAGUUACUGAUGAUGAGGGCAGAGUGCCUACGGAUGUGCAAGAACUUUUGUUCAACUUGGUCAAAUUCAAUGAUAAUUCAAUGAAUGAGUAUCAGGACACUCUCUAUUUAUCUGACCUUAUCAAGGCCUUGACAACUAGUGCUAUUAGUGGAUGGCGUAAGGACAUCGUGGAACACAAUAAUCAAGAAUUUGCUCGUAAAGUUGCUGUUGAGGUUACAAGGCUACAGAAACUUGAUGAAUGGAGACCCUCUUAUCAGAGAAUAUUGCAAAUUACAUGUUUCAAAUCGAGAGUGCAGAUGUCUCUAUGUGAUGCAGCCCCCAUUUCUUUGGAAAGCUUGAUGAUGGCAACAGUCGAUAAAUACCCAAUGGACCUACGUGCUGCAGCGUUUAAAGGUCUUUUGUUACUCAGUGGACUCCGUUCAAUACUGAUUCUUGAGUAUUUCCUUAAAGUGUGCUUGUUAAAUUUCCACCGUCCAUUAUACACUCGGAAACUUAUUGGCAUUCUACUUGAAUCAAUUACGAUGAUUGCACUUCAGGGAAGUUUUGCUCCAAUCGAUAGGCAAGACAGUAAUCGUCCUGGCACUGCACAACCAAAUAUGAUUAUUAUCGAUGAGGGAACCAAUUCUGACAUGAGGGCGAAACAUGAUUUACAUGCCAGAGCUACUUUGAAUGGUGCCAUAGAGUUGUUAAGACGUGAUUAUGCAAAUAUCGAGAGUUUGAAACAUGUAUUUUGGAAGUUUUUGCACUCAGCUUUAUUGAGCAAUUACGUGAAGCGCAAUUUGUUUUUGAUGGCAGAAGUGCUCUAUGAAGAAAAGGAUACCCUUGUGGUAAAACUAUCUGUGCCGAGUUUGCCAAUAGCAGAAUUUAAAAAGAAAGUUGUUGCAAGGAAUUUAGGAGAUGGUCAAGUGGUAUUCAGAAGAGAAGGUAGGUUUAAAAUCCAAUUGAUUUCACGCAAGCCGCUGAGCCAUCCUACGAAUAGAAAAGUUCAAAAACCUGAAGAACAUGUUAGGCCUAAACCAUCUUUGAAGAUAUCGUUCAAAUCUCAACCAGAAGGAGUUGAAAAGGCUGCUGAAAGACAUCCCAUUGAACACUCGGUGCUGGAAUUAUCAUCUUUGGUAAAAUUCGAUUCAUCACAUUGCCAGGUCCGGAUCAAAUUGCCAAGAGACUCUCUAAAGUUCAUUUCCAGUAGACCGAUUGUUUCCAAGACAAAUCUGUUGGUAUCUAUCCAUGGGACAAUAGUUAAAAUCAACCUUAAGAAGAACUUGGGGAAAGAAGACAGUAGGAACGAAGAGGACGAGAAGAGGCCAAGUGCACAAAAGGUGCAUAGAUACAUUAAAAUUGACACUAUAAGGAAGAAACUUGAAACAUCAACUGAACCGUUCACAAAUCUUUCCCACGAUGAUGCUGCGAAGGAAGAAAAAUUAUAA